UACCUAUUGAAGAUAGAAACUUUAAACAGAAAAUAUGAUCUGCAAUACAGAUUCAACAAAAGAGAUUUUAGUCUUGAAGAAUAUUCUAGUCUCAAAUGUUGGAGAAGUGUCCAUUGAUGAAUAUGCAUAUAGAACUAGGCAAACAGAACAUUUACAAUUGAUUAUGAUAACAACAUGUUCCGUAUGGAUGGAAAACCUUUCCGCUAUGUCUCUGGCAGUAUACAUUAUAGCAGGAUACCUUCGUAUUACUGGAAAGACAGAUUACAGAAAAUGAGAGCUGCUGGCUUGAAUGCCAUACAAGUAUAUGUACCUUGGAAUUUCCAUCAGAUGGAAGAGAACAAGUUAAAUUUUGAAGGAGACAAGGAUUUAGUUGGAUUCAUAAAGCAGGCACAGGAAGUUGACUUGUUUGUAAUACUUAGAGCAGGGCCCUAUAUCUGUGGAGAGUGGGACUUUGGUGGAUUUCCUCCAUACAUAUUAGCCAAGAACCCUAAUACAGUAUUCCGCACCAUGGAUUCAACCUAUAUCAAGUAUGUUGACAAGUGGUUAGAGGUGUUGUAUCCAAUGUUAAAGCCUUUGCUGUACAUAAAUGGUGGGCCAGUGUUAAUGGUUCAGAUAGAAAAUGAAUAUGGUAGUUAUAAGAGAACAGGGGGAUACUGUGAUCAUGACUAUAUUAGACAUCUGAGGAAUAAAGCAUUUUCACUUUUAGGCAAAAAUGCUGUUAUAUUUACCACAGAUGGUAACCAUGACAGCCCUGAGUUAAAGUGUGGCACUAUUGAAGGAGUAUAUGCCACAAUAGAUUUUCAUCCUACUUUGGAUCCUAAGAAAGCAUUUCAACCACAAAGAGACUGGGAACCUAAAGGGCCUUUGGUUAACUCUGAGUUUUACACUGGUUGGUUAGAUCAUUGGGGAUUCAAACAUUCAACCACUGGUUUAGAUAUUGUUGCCAAGAGUUUAGAUGUGUUACUAGCCUAUGGUGCUAAUAUCAACAUGUAUAUGUUUGAAGGUGGCACCAACUUUGGCUACUGGAAUGGAGCAAAUUACCCAGCAUUCUUGCCAGUACCUACAAGUUAUGACUAUGAUGGUCCAUUGACGGAAGCAGGGGAUGUAACUGAUAAAUAUUUGGCACUCAGACAAGUCAUUUCAAAGUAUGUGAAAACACCACCCAUGCCUAUUCCAGCUAAUACCCCAAAGAUGGCUUAUGGGAAAAUUGAAAUGAAGUUUGCAGGAACAGUUCAGGAUUUACUGGAUAAAUUGAGAAAACCAAGCCAGAAACCAGUGACUGCAACCUAUCCUGUUUAUAUGCAAGCAUUUGGUCAGUAUCAAGGUUAUGCCUUAUAUAGACACAUAUUCAAACAAGAUUACCCCACAGCCCAGAAUCUGUCAGUGGUUGGUAUCAGAGACAGAGGAUAUGUUAUGAUAGACCAGGUUCCUGUUGGUCUGGUGAUUAGGGAAAGAAUACACAAUCUAUCUUUAAGUAUCACAGCAAAGAAAGGUCAAACCUUGGAUAUAUUGGUGGAGAACCAGGGACAUAUAAAUUUUGGAGCUGGCAUUAAUAACAAUACUAAGGGAAUCAUACAUAAUGUUACCAUAGGAACCACAAUAUUAACAGACUGGGAAAUGUAUCCUGUGUCUCCAGAGUUAUAUGUACCCAGUACAGAUACAGUUAAAAGUACUGGAACACCUUAUUACAGUAAGGAUGGUAGAUUUAUGACACCCUCUAUUUAUGUAGGACAGAUGCCAGCCCUUACAGACCCUCAAGAUACUUAUCUAGAUCCCACUACCUGGUCAAAGGGUCAGACAAUCAUUACAAGUAACAUGGCCUAUAACAUAGGAAGAUAUUGGCCUAUUGCUGGACCUCAAAUAAGACUGUUUGUACCAAAGCCUUACCUGGCUCCAAAUACUGUAAACAAUGUAAUAAUGUUUGAACUUGAAAUGGCACCAUGUAAAACACAGGCUGGAUGUACUGUAGAGUUUAAAGAUGAACCCUUAAUCAAUGCUACAGCACAUGGACCUUAUCAUAAACUGAUGUCUCAAGAAAUAGGUUAUAAUUACAACUGGCAUUCAUUUCAUUAAGUCAUUCUUCAUUAUGUGAUAUAUAUUAUUUUUUACAUUCAGAUGAGAUAGUGUUAGAAGGCAACUAAUAUUUUUUGUGCACUCUUAUUUAUGUAUAAUAUGUUAUAAUAGCUCUUAUUUAUGGGAAGUUGGUAAAAUUCUGUGUAAUAAAGGUAACAGUAUGUCAAAUACCUUAAAUACUAUAGAAAAACAGAAACAUUAAUAUUUAGAAUCAAAAUCAAAUUAUUAACAAAUUUAUUUACAGUAUGGUAUAAUAUUUUAUACUUUGGGCAUUCAUGGUUGUUACCAUAUUUUACAAUUAAAAAAAAUUACCUUCCCUUUUUUAUCCAUUUUUUUUGUGUUUGAAAUAAAAAAUGAUGCUCUUUGUUAUUUGAAAAUUAAUUUUCAUAUUUUUGUUUGUAUAUAUAAUAUACUUAUAAAGUCUAAAUAUUCAUUCCUUUAAUGUACUUCUAUCUGAUUGAUGCAUGGCAUUUAUUUUUUUUAAGAUUUUCAUAGCAGUCUCUUCCUAGAAAUCCUCUAUCAGUCUGUAUUUGUAAACAUAUUUGAUGUUGCACUUAGUUAAUAGUUUUAAAUAAUAUUUUACAGGCCAAAUUGUGGUCAACCCAACAAUUUUCACUUUUUCAGUCUUAAUCAAAUGCAUUUUUCUUUGAUUUUUUUUUUAUUAAAAAAAAUGUAUUGCCAAAAGAAAUGAAACCUUUCCCCAGAUUGAGUUCCUCUUUGUCCAGCUAUUUUAUUUUUUGCAAGUUCACCUAUCCCAUUGUUUAAAUAUACAAUAACUAUUGUUCUCUGUGGUGUUUAUUCAAUUUGACCUUUAAAUUUCUCCUUGAAAAGUCAUUCAUUUAUUGAUUAAUUUAUCUGACUCUUGUACAAUUUUUAUGUUACUGGUACUUCAAAACUUGAUGAUUGUAUUAGAAACUGUUUAUAAUUAAAGAUUGAUGUUUUAGUUUUAUUCUCGAUUAUAUAUGUAUGAUAUGAGUUUUGUUGGUAUGUGUGUUCUAUAUUCUUUGUAACAAAUUCCAAAUCAUGCAUUCCUUGAAGAUUUUAAUAGCUGUUGAAGAGACAAUAUUCAUAUAAAUUUGUUUGGGGAUGUUAAGGUAUAUGUGAAUGUGGUGAAUUUGAUAAGUGGGAGUGAUAUAUAUAUAUAUGUAUGGGAGUUUUACAUUAUACUUACAGGGUGUCAGUUGGGGAAAAUAUACUGUUGAUAAAUAUAUGUAUCAGUAUAUGAUUUAUGUAAAGUUAUAAAUUUAUGUAGAUUGAUUAAAUAGUGCCUUUGUUAUAAUUAUGAUAUUUUCUUGAUAAAUAAUGCUUUUGUUAUA